UUGGUAACAUUUCCAAAAAAAUCAUAAAAAAAUGGGAAAUACUGAGAGCAAUGUCACCAGCGGGGUUAAAAAGCAGGCGGGAGCUGCCAUGCAGCCCAUUUACAAAUUAUGCGAUCUAAAAGGUGGAGGUUUGUUAGUAGAACUGAUGAAACGAGCAACCCAAAACAAACAAUACGCCGAGAUCGAUCAUGCGAUCAAAACCAAAGUUGAACAUUUUUUAUAUAACAAAGGGGCCGGCCGUUACAUACCGAUCUCCCAAAUGGUUCUUUUACGGAACAAGGAGAGGGCGAGGCACAAGUGGUUGCCCCAGUUGAAGGCCAUGGAAAAUCCUGAAGAAUUCGAGGUGGACGAUGAGGGACCCGAAGUGACAGAAGAGGAAUAUCAAAAAAAUCCAUCAAUGUACAGACCAACCUGUUGGAAACUAAAAGAAAGAGGCGCUGUUGGUGAAACCAUUAUGCAUCUCUGUCUACUAAACGCAACCUCACUGCACGCGGACAUCGCCAAGAGACUUUUAAGAUUCUAUCCUAAACUAAUAGACGAUAUUUACAUCUCUGACGAGUAUUACGGUGAAAGUGUUUUGCAUAUCGCCAUAGUAAACGAAGACCCGCCAAUGGUGAAAUUCCUUCUGGCGGCCAACGUGAACAUCCAGGAACGUUGCUUCGGGAAUUUCAUGUGCCCGGAAGACCAAAAGUCGAGCAGAUCCGACUCUUUAGACCACGAAUGGGUGAACGUUUCUCCAAUAACGAAUUACGAUGGGUACGUUUACUGGGGAGAGUAUCCAUUGACAUUCGCCGCCUGUUUAGGGCAAGAGGAGAGUUUCAGGCUUAUUUUGGCCAAAGGGGCCGACUUGGAUGCCCAAGAUACUAACGGAAACACCGUGUUGCAUUUGUUGGUUAUUUAUUCUAAAGUGGACGCGUUUGAUAUGGCAUAUGAAGUAGGAGCCAGCCUAGCGAUAAAAAACGUGCAGCACCUCACCCCGCUCACUUUGGCAGCGAAACUGGCAAAACAAGAAAUCUUUUUUCACAUUUUAAAACUCGAGAGGGACAUUUAUUGGCAAAUAGGUAGUAUUACUUGUGCCGCUUACCCUUUGAGUCAAAUAGACACGAUCGACGUAAAAACUGGACAAAUCAGUAAAACUUCUGCCUUGAAUUUAGUGGUUUUUGGAGAAAAAGAUGAACAUUUAGAGCUCCUGGAUGGGGUGCUUAUAGACCUCUUAAAUGCCAAAUGGAACACGUUUGUGAAAUCGAAGUUUUACAGGCAGUUUUUCACUUUUGCCUUUUAUUUUAUCGUUUCUCUCGUGGCCUUUAUUUUAAGACCGGGGCCUCCUUUACACACCGAAGCCCCCAAAAAUGCUACUAAUAUCACUAAGCAUGCGCACAAUAAUGAUUCAGCAAGUAAUUCCACUGCAAUACUUAAUCUUACCGCUAAGGUACUUAUUAACUUAAGUAAGGUCGCCAAGAAAGAUGACGAUGAUGACUAUGAUGUGGAAGAAUGGUGGGAUAAUUUGCAAGAAGAGUGCAGACUAAUGAAUUUGGAUAAAGUUGAGGGGCAAAUACGGUUUACGGCUGAACUAGGAAUCACUUUUGGGGCGUUUUGUUAUUUGGCCGCGGCCAUUAGGGAAACGAAAUUUUUAGGCAUGAGGAUGUUUUUUGAAAAUCUGAUGACCGCACCCUCCAGGGUGAUGUUUUUGUUCUCGUGCAUUUUGGUGUUCGGGGUGAUCCCCUGGUUAAGGAUCUCGUGUCAGGAUCAAAUUGAAGAUAUCGUCGCCGUCUUGGUUAUGUUGACUACCGCACCGUAUUUUUUAUUUUUUUGCAGAGGUUUUAAAACCGUGGGUCCUUUCGUAGUAAUGAUUUACCGUAUGGUUAUGGGUGAUUUACUAAGAUUCGCCACUAUUUACAUGGUAUUUGUCAUGGGCUUCUCACAAGCAUAUUACAUCAUAUUCUUGUCGUUUGAUAAUCCCUUGACCCCGGAGGAUAUAGACGACUCUGCCACCAAUCCAAUGUCCACCCCUGCGGAGUCUAUUAUGGCCAUGUUUCUUAUGUCGAUGACCAACUUUGGGGAUUAUUACAAUGCUUUUGCUAAAACUAAGCAUGAGUAUGAAGCUAAGAUUUUAUUCGUGAUAUUCAUGGCAAUCGUGGCGAUCCUCCUAAUAAACAUGCUGAUCGCGAUGAUGGGCAACACGUACCAAAAAAUCGCCGAGACUCGUAACGAGUGGCAGAGACAGUGGGCUCGCAUCGUGCUCGUAGUGGAGCGAGGCGUCAGCCCCCCGGAACGUUUGAGGCAAUUGAACGUUUACUCGCAACCGAUGAGCGAUGGCAGGAGAGCCUUAGUUCUUAGGUUAAAUCAGAGCGACGAGGAUAAAGAGGAGAUGAAGGACAUAUUGGAAAUUAAACGACGCCACGACAGGCACGUGAAAAAAAGGAAAGAUAAGGAAGCGGGUGACGUUUUGGGAGCGGGGAAAGUGCAAACACAACUUCCAAUAUGAAAUGUUUAUUUUUGAUGUUCGACGCCUUCCCAGUGAGUUUGCUCAGGGAGCGCCUGUAAAAUCCUAAAAAAAUAUGACACACACAAUUAGUUUAAACUUUAAUUUAUUGAAUAAACUAAUUAUUAUGAUUAUUA